AUGACUAGAAAAAAGGUGAAACUUGCCUUCAUUGUCAAUGAUGCAGCUAGAAAAGCCACAUACAAGAAAAGGAAGAAGGGUUUAUUGAAGAAAGUUGAUGAACUAAGCACCCUUUGUGGCAUCGAAGCUUGUGCUAUAUUGUAUGGCCCUUAUGAUCCUCAACCCGAAAUUUGGCCAUCGCCAUGGGGAGUCGAAAGGGCACUCUCAAAAUUUAGGACAAUGCCUGAAAUGGAGCAAAGCAAAAAAAUGAUGAACCAAGAGACUUUCAUGAGACAAAGGGUUUUGAAGACUAAAGAGCAAGUGAAGAAACAAAGGAAAGAGAAUAGGGAGAAAGAGACAACACUUCUCAUGUUUCAAUGUCUUAAUGAAGGAAAAAUUGUGCACAACAAUAUGACAAUGGUUGAUUUGAAUGAUCUUUCUUGGUUGAUUGACCAAAAUUUGAAGAAUAUUGGUAGAAAGUUGGAAGCAGAGGAUAACAACAACAAUAAUAUUAACAAUAAUAACAAUAAUGGUCAAAUUCAAAUCAUGGAUACUCCAAAUCAAUUGGUGGAAUUGGCACCACUACCAUCAAAGAAUGAAGAAUUGCCACCAAUGGGCCAUCCCCAUGUUGGAUUGGGUAUGAGUAAUGGGGACAACAUCAUGCAAAGGCAGUGGAUCAUGGACUUGAUGAUCAAUGGUAAUGGUAAUGGUAAUGGAGAUGAGAUAAAUAUUCCCUUUGGUGAUGCCAAUGUUCAAAGUGGAUUUUGGCCUAACCUACUAUCUUGA